UAAAGUAAAAAAAAAAAUUCUUGUCUGACCGUGUGCCUGACAAUCCUACACGGUUUUCAUGGUCAGCAGCCCUGCACCAAGUACUGGCAAGCGUGAUGGGAAUGUCAUCGAGUAGCACCGGCAUGAAAAGUAGUAAACGAAACUUGAUGGAACCGAGAUGAGUUGCAGCUGGCGGAGGGUUGUGCCAACACCGCGCACCCUCACCCUCUUUCUGGUACUGUUUGGCUUUGGGCUGGUGCUGUUCAUCUACCUUCCGCGAUCGUUCGAGGAACGCCUGGUCCGAUCGCCGCGCCGAAGAAUUCCAGUGCUGCUAGCAUACGAAGGCGAAGCAGAGGUGCACACAUUCUUCUGUGACACCCACACGACGCAGUGCCCACGCAUCGAGUUCACACCGGCGUCCGGGUGGCAGGGAGGGAUACCGGGUGUACCUGACCUGCACCUGCUCUCUGCCCACUACGACACUCGCGUAUGGGUGCAUGGUGGAAAAAAUCGGCAUUAUGUCAGGCUACUUGGUGUCAUCAAAUCGGAAGAUGCAGACUCCCUCCGCUUCUUCUGCCAGAUGUGGUACCAGGAGCUGCCACAUCCCAUAGUUGUGGAAUCCGAUCGCACCGAAAUAUGGCUUCCAGCGUGGGACGGGCGUGCCCCGCCUGGCCGCUACUACCGGCCUUUUGUCUUCUCCUGCCCUGUGCCAUUUAAUGUCUCUAGUCCUCUCAGCACUGGUCCUGCCAAUGUUUCGCUCGUUGCCGAGCCCUGUGCCUGCCCUCCCAAUUCUUUAGCUCUCUCGAAGACUCCCGAGAAAGACCCGAAACGUGGGAUCGCAGUGUGUGUUAAGGGGCUUGACUUUUCCGAAGACAUCUCUGCCCGCCUGGUGGAAUGGCUAGAGCUCCAGUUUCUUCUAGGUGCCGACACGGUGUUCUUCUACAUCUUCCAGGUGCAUCCAAAGGUGGACCUCAUCCUGCGCUACUACCGCCGGUUUCGUCGGGUCCAAUUCGAAAGAAUCCAACUGCCGGGUUCGGACGAGCCGCACAUUCCAGCCAAGCGGAGGCAGUACCUCGCUAACAACACGUGGCAGAAGCGCCGGCACGAACUGGUCCCUUACAACGACUGCUAUUACCGACACAUCCCGACCCACGAGUUUGUCCUUCUCGUCGACAUCGACGAAGUUGUUCUGCCGCGCCGGCACUCAACCUGGCAGGAGCUGCUCGACGACAUCGUCUCUGCCAAGCCUAAAAUGCUGGCGACGUAUGCCUCCCUGGCCGUGCCCAACACCUACUUUUUCGACCACUUUGAGCGUGAGAAGAGCUGGUCCUGGUUUCUCAGUCGUGUUACGAGAUCAGCCAAUUUCACCCGGCCCGGGUUUGCGGUGAAGAGUUUCUUUACCACAAAUUCCUCCCUGGCCGUGUUUAACCAUUACACUCUUGUCCCACUCUAUGGAAAGCUCCAGCGAACCGUCCUGUUAAGCAAGAAGGACGUGCAGCUAAACCACUACAGAGCGAAAUGUCCUGCUGAAAUGGAAACCCUGUGUAAGGAUGACUAUUUCCGCUUUACUGUGAAGGAUAAGACGUUAUGGAAGCUCGAGAGCAAGUUUCUGAGUAAAGUUAAAGAAACAAAGGAAGGUCUGAGAACAAAGUUUCUUGUUCACGUUGGAAAAGAGGGCACCAGUUAAUGCCAUCACAAAGUACCAGUUAGCUCAAUAUCUGUAGUGCAAAGUGUCAUAAUUAAGAAUUCUGCACUGAAGCCGAACGAGGCCAAGUUAGAUUAUACUUUAACAUAGAAAACUUUCGCUCACAAGACUGCUAGAAAAGGUUGCGAACGAAAUCUAAGAGCGAAAAAGGCCAUUCAUGAGUUAAGUUUCUGUGUUGUACCCACAUUAGCAAUAUCGUAAACAACGGUCAUGUGAGAAAUCUGAAAUACUUGGUAUAACUUUACUUUGGCAAUGAUGAAUUUUUAAAUAUUAUUCAAAAACCAACAGCGAU